AUGACUGGCCUUUCUCAUCACCCUCCCAAAACAUUUCCCACAUCCACACUCUGCUCCUGGUCCUGCUCUCCCCCGACCACGUCCUUUAAGAUCUCGACGCUCACCACGGCGCACCGCGCUCUUCAAGGCUGCAGGGAUUCCGGAUUACUCUCACGACCUCGACGCUUCUUCUUCUUUCCUCACCCAUUUGUCCUUGCUCGGCGCACGUUGACUUCUUCAUUGUUUGGAAACGGCGUCCUGCAUGAUCCGUGUGUUUUCAUCGCAAAACAACAACAUCACAUCCUCACCGAGCUGACAGACAACGACCAAUGGAUCACGGCCCUCAGGGCGAAGAAGAGACCUCAGUCUCGGGCCUCGACUGCUUCGGUUCACAGCAUCUCAACGCAGCCUACUAUGGAGCAACAACAGUUUGCCGACGCGCCUGAACUGUACUCGGCACAAUGGGUCAACAACGACCAAAGACAGCAGAGAAGCCUCGCUCCCGCGUCGCGGAUCACACCAGAGGAGAUGAUGCUUCAUGCAGCUGCUACCCAGAUGCAGAACGCCCGCGAAUACUCGAUGCCGCCCGGAAUGAAUGCCUCCAUGAGCCAGUCCAGUGCUCACAUGGGCCACUCAAUGUCUUUUCAGCAACAUCCCAUGCAAAGACACCCUUUGCCUUCCGAAAGUUUUGCCAAUAACAGCUUCACCGACGACAGCCAAAUGAUAGAUCGUGAUGAGGACGGCGAUUCUUUGGUUGGAGCUAUGGGCAUGCAGAAAUCUAGUUCCGCCAGAUCCAGUGCUAACAACGAGCUGGAGAUGCGUCACCUUUUCAAUGCUAACAAGCACCGCGGCCUUCAAGAUGUUGCCGGCGAACUGCACGGCAAUGAGCGAGGCCCCAACUCCGAACGCACCCGACAAGUCUUUGCCAUGCUUUGGAUCAACUCUGUAUGCACCAAGGGAAAGGGAUCUGUGCCUCGAGGACGCGUAUAUGCCAACUACGCGUCUCGCUGUGCCACCGAGAGAAUUACAGUCCUCAACCCAGCUAGUUUCGGAAAGCUUGUCCGUGUACUCUUCCCAGGUCUGAAGACGAGGCGACUUGGCGUGAGAGGAGAAUCAAAGUACCACUACGUCAACUUCUGCUUGGUUGACGACCAGCCUGACCUCCGCGAACCCGAGCCUCACAUUCCUCUGGCUAUCUCCGAACCCCCCCGUUCUCAAAGCUUCAGCGCGGCACCCGUCAAGGCCCAGCCUGCCGCUGCCGUCUUGCCAUCACCCGACGCUGCGAAACGGCCAGAGAGCCCAGCUCAAGCGACGCAUCACACCUCGAGGUCACAUAGCUUCUAUAGCCAUCCAAAUGUGACCAGCGCGGAUCAUCUGAACUCAUCGGCAUCGAAGACCUCAUUACAGUUCUCGUUCCCCUCGGAAGCGGAUGAGCUGCUUCUUCAAUCUAACGAACCUCUCGCGCUACCCCGGAUGGAGCCUUUCCUCCCCAGUGGAACUGACCCAGAUGCUGCCAAAAGCUUGUCUGCCCUGUAUAGAUCGCAUUGCACUUCCCUUGUGGAGUGUGUUCGCUACUGCAAGGAGAAGACGUUCUUCCACCUUUAUACGUCAUUCCAGGGCACGUUGACGAUGCCCGUUCAAAAGCUCCUCGGUCACCCGAGCCUCGCCCCUUGGAUCGAGGAAUGUGACUUUAUUCUGUACCAACGCAUGCUUAGAAUUAUCUCGGGGCUCACGCUCCAGGUCGUGCCCAAGCCAGUACUGGAUACGUUACGCGGCAUUUCCGAGCGCCUCGUACCUCACAUUCGAGAGGCUUUCCAGGGACAGCCGCACCACGUCAUCCGAGCCAAGGAGGCACCGGCAACUAUCUUUGCAGCUCUUCUGGACCGAGCUCUGCGGGUCAACCUUACUGCUCACGCAGCAGCCAACAUGCUGUCCAACCCGGCCAACCGCGAUCAGAUGUAUCUCGACUGGAUUACGAUGGUGCGUGUGCGCAAGGUGGCGGAGUGUGUUCCCACACGUGGUAUGGAUGACCUCGUCAACUUGCUCGUCACCGAACUGCGGGAUCUCCUUAGCCCCAUGAACGUCCCUUGGGAGGUGGAGUGCUUGACGGUCUAUGGCGACAUUGCCUUGAGAAACGGUCGCCAGCCCGGCGCCGAGAGCGCAGGCGAUCCUAACGGACAAAAUGUUUUGGAGCGAUGGGUUGGGUUCCUCAAGUCCCUUCCGAUACGGUUCCCUUAUGCGUCUCACACUGAGAUUGUCUACGCCGUGCAAAGAGUGGGCACAGCUGUGAUGCGGGAUCUUACCAUGGCUCAAGGCAAGAGUUUCGGCUCGUGGUGGGUGACGAAGUGCUGGAUCGACGAGAUGACUUGCUUCCUUGCCGAGCAGGGUGGUUUUCUUCAAAUGAAGACGUCGGGCGCGUCAGCAGCCAUGGCCAACCCUCAAUCGGCAGCCCAAGAGUCGAACCGCCAAGGAUCUCGGUUCAGCGCGGGUAGCGAGGAUUUCAAUUUCUCGAGUCUUCCUCAGGCACAACCAGACAAGGCGCCAUUCCCACCAUCAACAAGCCAGGGCCAGGUCGACUCUGCGGAUAUGUCGGCGGGAAACAACCCGGACGACAGCGGGAUCGGCAUCCGGACACCGGAGGAGGACUUCCCGAUGGAUAAAUACACCUUCUCGCACUCGGAGGUCAAUCAAGCGUUGCUUGCCAACGCUGAGUUGCAACAAUGA